AUGGCUAAGGUCAGAAAGUGGUAUGUAGUCGCUGUCGGCAAAGAAGUAGGAGUUUUCGAUAACUGGCUCACGACUGCGCCCCUCGUGAACGGGGUUGAGGGCGCCGUUUGGGAAGGAUUUACUUGCAGAGAGGAAGCUGUUCGCCUGUUCAAUGAGCAGAGGGCGAAAGGCAAUGUACGCGUUGUGUACACUGGUGCUGCGCACGCCACUAGGACGCAAAGGAUCUCACGCACAUCCUCCGAGCCCGUCGUCACCAAUAGCUCGGUGCCCAACAAGGCAGGAUGUAGCCAAUCCAGCCAUGGUAUUAACUCUGUUUACCAAUGGGACCGGAGCAUACAGACAUCAACUCCCCCUCAAUCGCCGGUUCACUCUGACCAGCGAGUCAACAACUCAACAAGGCCUCUUCCACAGCCAGGAAGUAACACUGGUAAUGUCAACAUGUAUCGGCAAGGUCGCAACGAUCGAGAGGCGGUGAGGCCUUCUCGCAACCGUGUACACUCCGAGGUCGGGACUCGCGAGAAUGUCGCCUUCCCCAGGGAUCGUGCAAACAUGACCCCCAGAAGUGUACAGAGUCGUCGUACGGUGCCGAUCACUAGCAAUGACCUACAAGAGGAAGACAGGCACAGCAUGUUGCUGCGGCGAGACUCAGAUCCAGCCGUCUGCGCAACCCCUCCAGUAAAGCCAGUCCACUAUGAUGGACUUGCUCCACCCGUUCGGCGUGAACGCAGCAGCUCUUCUGAGUCGUCUGGCUCCGCCUUCUCUGUUGUAACAUGCCCCGAGUCGCCGAUCCCUUCCUCCGACAUAUCGUUGGUGGGCCCGCUGAGCUCAGACGACACCGGGCCUGUCUAUCCUGCGUUCAAGAUGCCGGUUCGCCGCAAUCCGCCUGCUGUGCGACAGGCCGACUAUACGGAUAACUACGCAGAUACCGAUCUUUUAGCGGAAGAAUUUGAUAAGGUCGACAUCUACAGGGAGGAUCGUCGCCUACCUCUUCUCAUAUCGUCUCCUAGGCCCUCUCCGGCCGCUAGAAACCGCCCUACACUUCAGCAAGAACUGCUCAGCCCGUUGAGGAGCUCACCUCAUCUUCGAUCGCCUGAGAGUCUAUACGGCGCUCAGUCUGCCACCCGUGAACAAGGGCCUCCGAUGCCCACUGCUUCGCCUCGAGCGUACAGCAAUGUCAGGACGUCUGCUUCCCAGACCGCCGUCGCGACACCCAGACGGAAUAGGGACGCCCGCCAUGUUGUCGUCGUGCCCGAUAGUGAUGACGAAGAAGACCGGGGGCGAGCCGGAGAGCGUAGGCGAUCUUCGUUGUCGUCGGAGAAGCGGGCGCUCAUUACCCGUCGAUGGGAGCAGUUGGCCCAGCAUUCUCUCCAUGUUCAAAGCGAGAGUCACAGCUCUGCUUUUGACCCUCGCUCGCCCAUGGCACGGGGUACCAGCGUGCCUAUCGAUGCAGUUAAUGACAUAUUCUCCCGGCCGUCUCCUCGUGCCACAUAUCCUACCGGGGCUACCACCCUCACCUCGACCACUCUACAUAUGUUUCCGUUCGUAGCUGCUUUCUUUUCUGUAUAUGUCGUGUAUUUCACCAUCUUGCAUCAAGUCCGAAACAUGGAUUCUCUAGAUUCGUUCACCUUACCUGGCCCUAGUUCCUCGCGAAGGCUGAUGUCCGAGUCCCCUCUAUUACCUUCGCGUUACUCUGAGUCGGAUACAGGCCCAGGCGGCGCAGACCUGUCCAUCUCCGAACUGUCCCUUUCAGAUCGCGACGAGAUAAGCAACCGUCCAUUCAGUCUUCUAGCGCGUCCCGAUCCCGUUCCUUCUACACCACCGACAAAGGAACGCGAAUUUGGAGAUAACAGUGGGGACGAUGAGGAUCCACUUGACCCUGACGAGGAAGGCGAUGAAACAAUUGACCAAGACAAGAUCAAGAGGAUUGCAUCGAGAACACGAGAAGAGAAGCUACGGAGCGAUGUAUUCAUAUUGCGCAAACUGAAUGCUGCAUUUGCCGCGUUCAACGAAGGUCUAGAAGAUGCAGGAUCGGCGAACGAACGGAUAGCUACUCAGCUAGAACAGACGGAUGCUCUGCUGAAUCAAUAUGCCCACGUACUAUCAAAGUCGGAGGAUAUUUCGCGCCUAAUUUUUGAUGAAGAGUGGCAGGGUGCGGAAGAGGAUGAAACGGUCCUCGAACAAGAGCGUAUAGCCGCAGAAGAAAAGGCGCGUCUCGAAGCACAAGAGAGGGCUCUAGCGCGGAAGCGCGAACAAGAGCGGCUCGAACGCGAGGAGCAGGAGAGAUUGGCGCAAGAAGAGAAGGAGCGAAUAGACCGCGAACGUUCGCAAAGGCAUUCUUCACGUGGGGGCGUAACGGGGGUUAGAGGCACCCGAGCAUCGAUGCGGGGGGUACGGGGCAGCACAAGAGCUAGCGUCGUGGCCCCUGGUGGCGUAGCGGGAACGAGCACUAGAAGUCGUCCGCCGAGUUCCCAAUCGGCUGCUGGUGGCGGUCCUACGAAGCGAUCGGCGACUGGAACAGGCAUCCCUACGCGGGGUGUGGUCCGCAGGGGGUACAAUCCUAAUUAA